GGCGCGGCCCGAGGCGUGCGUCUGUGUACGCCUGGCCGUCGGCGCGGCGGUUCGGCUCUGCGGCCUAGACUGCUGGCGUAGCUCACCAUGUUGUCCCGGGCAGCGCGCAGCACGAGCCGGACGCUGGUGCCGGCGCUGGGGUCGCUGGCUUCCAGACAGAAGCACAGCCUCCCCGACUUGCCGUACGAUUAUGGCGCCCUGGAGCCUCACAUCAACGCCCAGAUCAUGCAGCUGCACCACAGCAAGCACCACGCGACCUACGUGAACAACCUGAAUGCCAUCGAGGAGAAGUAUCUAGAGGCGCUGGAGAAGGGUGACAUUACAACUCAGGUAGCUCUUCAGCCUGGGCUCAAAUUCAAUGGCGGAGGCCAUAUCAAUCAUUCCAUCUUCUGGACAAACCUGAGCCCUAAGGGUGGUGGAGAACCCAAAGGGGAAUUGCUGGAAGCCAUCAAACGUGAUUUUGGUUCCUUCGACAAAUUUAAGGAGAAGUUGACCACCGUAUCUGUUGGCGUCCAAGGCUCAGGUUGGGGUUGGCUUGGUUUCAGUAAGGAACAGGGACGCUUGCAGAUUGCUGCUUGUUUUAACCAGGAUCCCCUGCAAGGAACAACAGGUCUUAUUCCACUACUGGGGAUCGAUGUGUGGGAGCAUGCUUAUUACCUUCAGUAUAAAAAUGUCAGACCGGAUUACCUAAAAGCUAUUUGGAAUGUAAUCAACUGGGAGAAUGUAACGGAGAGAUACAUGGCUUGCAAAAAGUAAAACGUGAUCAUUACAUUGAGCAAAAUAAGCUUUUCACGACUAUUUUUGUAGUAGUGCAGAGUACCGUAGUCUACCAGUAAGCUGCUCUAUUGUAGCAUUUCUAGCUUGUUCAAGCAUUUGAUGAACAUGAUUUAAUGCUAUGAAUUUCUUGUUUUCAAAUUUUGUUAUUGGGCAAGUGAAAAUAGUAAGUGCUUUGUAUGAUUUAGUCUUUUGAUUGAACAUCAUUUUCCGAGAGCUGAAACAGCCAGCAGGUUAUAAUUGCCAUCAUAAAACCAUCGAAAAGAUCUCAUCCCUGUCCUCUUAGGGCCUCUGGGGAAGCCUUUUGCCCCUUAUUGCACUGGUAGAAAACCUGGUCCUUUGCCUAGUUGUUUAAUGAUAAAAGAUUAAAUUUGUUUCCCAAGGGAAAUGUUCAGUUUUUCUAUUGAAAAUUGCUCUUUUUGUAAGUAAUCUUCUGUCUAGUAGUACUUGAUAUCACCCAUGGGCCUUUAAUUAUUUUUGGUCACAUGUUCCACAGGGUUAACACCAUUUUGUCUUUUAAAAAAUAUCACUUGAUUGCCAAUUGAGAAUUGCUCUAUUAUGAAAAGGAAAUAGUCGUGCAUUUGAAUUUUUCUGUUGGGAGAAAUAAAAAGACUUAUGUGAAAGUUUGUCAUCAGACAUAGAAGUAUGUGUUAGGUACCUGCUCAAAGCGGACAAAUCUGGGUCUUGUUGAUAAAAUGAAUGUUGGGAAUGAGGCCACAGACUGUUCUGGCCAGGCGCUUGCCCCACGUUUCCACCCUGUUCACGAGCACACCUCUGCAGAGCGGCAGCCUGGGUCGGGUGCUCUCUUCCCAGAGUGGCAGGUGGUUGGUUUCUGGAUGUGGGCAGCGGCGUGUCCCUGCCCAGGAACAUUGCUUUUCAAAGACUUGUUUUUGAGUUAUUCCAUCAUAUUUGAUCUUCUUUUCUUUUAAAAAAAUGCAUAGUCACUAUAGAGCUUUAUGUUGUAUAGUCCUUUAAAUAAAGGAAAACGAUACCCAUAAUCCAGUGACACAGCCUGUCAGAUUGUGUUCCUGUUUCGUGCUUGCAGGUGGGACUGUUUAAAUGUAGCAGGGAGCCUUUUGUAAUUUGGCUUGACAUUGUCAUGUCAUUUUCCUUAUUUUUGGUGGCUGUAUAAUUUAUCAAUUGGACACUUCCUAAUUUAUUUUACAGUUCUGUACUGAAUAUUUCAUUGGUUACUAAUUGUUAUUUAUUCAAAUAAUCCUGUGGUGAGCAACACACAUAGAUUUUACCUUUUUUGGGAAUACUUUUUCUAUAUAGGUUUUUUUCUUAAGCCUGUUUAGUAACUGGAUGUUUUCCCAAGUUAGUAUAUUAUUUUUUCCCCAAGUUUAUUCUAUUUUUUUUUUUUUUGCAUGGAAAAAUGGAGUAACUUAGCAGUUUCAAUAUUGAAGACUGAAGUUUAAAAAAAUUAAAUUUAAGGCACUUUUCUUUUAGAAUUCAAUUAGAAAGUACUUAGGCUUUCUGAAUUGUCAGCAGCGUUGAUGAGAGUAGUGAUAACUGUGUAUGCUUGUGGAUUGAAGACACUUUGGAGACUAGGAUUGCCAUCCUUCAUCUACCACAGUGAAGUGACUUUCAUGGAGUGCAAAUGAGAGUCAUGUGCUUACCACUUACAUAUAUGCAUAUAUACACACAUAUAUACAUAUACAUACACACAUAUAUGUAUACGCAAGGCAGUGAACUCUUUAAAUGGACCAUUUAGAAAAGUAGAACCUUUUUGAAAGAUGGCAUUUUGAAUACAAGUAGUCUGCCAGAUCCUGGUUUGUAUUGAACUAGCAGGUAUGCAGAGAUGACUGAUUAAUACAAAACUUUUUGACUUUUAUUAAGCUUUAAGAUUUCAAAAAAAUUCGAUGUUGAAAUUUCUAUGGCGCUCUAUUUUUGCUCUGAUUUUAUGUUGUGGGAACAAGAGAAAGCACACUGUUUUUCCCUAAGGUUUUGUUUUUUCCUCCCAUCAGAUAGAUUUUAAGAGACUGAGAUAAUUUACAGAUAAAGCUUUUAAUCAUCCAGCAGAAAAUGAGACUUCAAGAUUUUGUUUAGCUCUGUUUCUCAUAAUAGAAAAGACAUAGAAAAGGUAAAAGCCAUUUCUUCUGAAAUGAGCCAAGCAUUCAUUGUUCAUCCAAGAGGGAUUUUUGUGACCACUCAGCAGUGCCUGCUCUAGUCUUAAAUGUGCUUCGAACACCAUCACGUGAUUAAUGCCGCAAGAAAACAGGGCAUGAGACAAAUGCUGUCUGAAGUAGAAUCUGCUGCUUGAACUGUUGUGUAAUAAUUAAACUUUGAU